CGUCCGUCGUCGACCAACCCUCCCCCUGCCGCUGCCCCUUUUCCCCAUCAUUUCCGUCCGGCCCGACCGCGACCAGCCACCGCCCCGUCGUUCGCUGGGUUGCUUCAGAUCUCCUCCUCCUCCUCCUCCACCCUCCACCCUCCGCCACGCCAACCCCAACCCCAAUCCCACUCCCUCCGGCCAUUGCGCUCCCCACACAUAUAUAAGCCCUAUCCCCAUCACCUAGCCCGCGACCUCGCCGUCCGUCUCCCUCCCCCGUCCAACUCGCUCUCCUGCCCUGCUCGAGGGGCAUGGCCUGCUGACGACUGAUCUGGUACAGAAUCCUCUCCCGGAUCUGACCGGCCCGCCGGCGCCGCUGCUGGGAUCGGGAUCGGGAUCUCGCGCGGGAGGGACGGGCAUGGAGGUCUUCGGCCCCGUCACCCCCGGCCAGGUGUCAUUUUUACUUGGUCUUUUCCCGGUCCUCAUUGCAUGGGUCUACUCCGAGAUCCUGGAGUACAAGAAAUCUUCGUUACAUGGGAAAGUUCACUCAGAUGCUACUUUGGAAAAUAAAACUUCCAAGGAAGAUGAGAAGGCUAUAUUAAUUGAAGGAGGCCAGUUGAAAUCACCAUCGGCAAAAUUCCGGAACAUGUCUACCAAAGCCAAUUUAAUACGGUUUAUAACAAUGGACGAGCCUUUUCUGCUUGAAAACCGUGCUGUACUGAGAGCCAUGGCUGAAUUUGGCAUUGUGCUGGUUUACUUUUACAUUUGUGACCGGACAAACAUAUUUCCAGAAAGCAAGAAGAACUACAACAGAGAUCUGUUUCUGUUUCUGUACAUUCUUCUCAUCAUAGCAUCAGCACUUACUUCACUUAAGAAGCACCAGGAGAAAUCAGCAUUUUCUGGAAAGUCCAUACUCUAUCUUAAUCGCCACCAAACUGAGGAAUGGAAAGGGUGGAUGCAGGUCCUUUUUCUGAUGUACCACUAUUUUGGCGCGUCAGAAAUAUACAAUGCAAUUCGUGUUUUCAUUGCUUGCUAUGUUUGGAUGACUGGAUUUGGGAAUUUCUCGUACUAUUAUAUCAAGAAAGAUUUUAGCAUUGCAAGAUUUGCACAGAUGAUGUGGAGGCUAAAUUUCUUUGUGGCUUUCUGUUGCAUUGUCCUUGACAAUGAUUUUAUGUUGUACUAUAUCUGCCCAAUGCACACCCUAUUUACACUUAUGGUGUACGCAUCACUUGGCCUGUUUAACAAGUAUAAUGAGAUACCAUCAGUUAUGGCUAUUAAGAUUGCUGGCUGCUUCUUGGCUGUCAUUUUGAUUUGGGAAGUUCCUGGGGUAUUCGAAAUUUUGUGGGCCCCCUUUACGUUCCUGCUUGGCUAUAAAGAUCCAGAGCCUUCUAAGUCACACUUACCCUUAUUGCAUGAGUGGCAUUUCCGCUCUGGGCUUGAUAGGUACAUUUGGAUUAUUGGAAUGAUUUAUGCCUACUUCCACCCUAAUGUGGAAAGAUGGAUGGAGAAGCUGGAAGAAUCUGAGACUAAGGUUAGAUUGUCGAUCAAGGGUACCAUCGUGACUCUUUCGGUCCUGGCUGGCUAUCUGUGGUAUGAAUAUAUCUACAGGCUGGACAAAAUUACGUACAACAAGUACCAUCCCUACACGUCAUGGAUUCCUAUCACUGUAUACAUUUGCCUACGCAAUUGCACCCAACAGUUGAGGGGCGCUUCUUUGGCUCUUUUCGCUUGGCUUGGCAAGGUCACACUGGAGACUUAUAUUUCUCAGAUCCACAUUUGGCUCAGGUCUAGCGUACCAAACGGGCAGCCCAAAUGGCUUCUGUCUUUCAUACCGGGCUACCCGAUGCUUAACUUCAUGCUAACGACAUCAAUCUAUCUUUUGCUAUCAUACCGAGUAUUUGAGAUCACAAACGUGCUGAGGGCAGCCUUCAUUCCCAGCAGAGACAACAACCGCCUGUACCAGAAUUUCGUUGCGGGGGUUGUCAUCUCCGUAUGUCUGUAUUGUUGCUCGCUCGUUCUUCUAAAAAUUCCGGCUGUAUAGAUGAAUAGUUCUUAUGGAUGUAGAAUUGCCAAGUACGUAAAUGAUACCGGUGGAAGGCUGGCUGCUUCUUCCACGGGCACAAAAGAGGUUUGCUUUGGCGGGGAUGCUUGGUUCCAUUUGCAUCUAGGGGAUCCCCUAAGGAGCUGCCCUUGGGAACUUGAUCGCCGUGGAGGGAGACGCAAAUUUUUGAUCAUCCUUUUCUUGUUGUAAAAACCAACCCAUUCUUCUGGGAGUUGUAACAGCUGUCAACUAUGGUGUGCGCAUUGUUGUUUUUUUACAUGUCUUAGAUAUAUUCUUUCUAUACAUACAAGGAAAGCGUUUCCCUCCUGUAAAAAAGAAAUAGUGAGUUGAACUGUGAAGCAUACCUUGUCGUGCUCCGAAUUA